UCCCCAAUCUUGGCUGGCCAGAGCCCAACUCUUCUGGCUUCUGCACCACAGCUCCUCACCCUCCACCCCAGGCUUCCGGACUGGAGAGGCAGUGGGGAUAAAAACGGGGCUGGAGAGUCUCGGAACCACUGGUCUGCAGAGAGCCCCAGCCCGGAUCGCCCUGGUACUCUGCUCUCCUGUUGGCACCUCGGCGACAUGAGCCUGAGAGCGGGCUCCCGCGCCUCCCGCCCCUGGCCCGGCUCCGGGCUGCUGCUCCUGGGGCUGCUGCUCCUGCCGGCUGUGGUCGCCCAAGUCAGCGACCCUGAAGAAGGAGAUGGGGACCUGCAAUGCCUGUGUGUGAAGACCAGCACCCGAGUCCAUCCCAAGCACAUCACCAGCCUGGAGGUGAUCCGGGCUGGACUCCACUGCCCCUCCACCCAAAUGAUAGCCACAUUGAAGAAUGGGAAGAAAAUUUGCCUGGACCCUCAUGCCCCCAUGUAUAAGAAAAUAAUCAAGAAACUUAUGAAAAGUAAAGCACCAACUGACUAAAUCUGUACAUUUACUGUAAAAUAGGUUUUGCUUUGCUUUUUCAUUUUCAAUCUAACUAUGGAAAACCUAUGUCUUAUCAUCCUCCAAAUUCUAAUAAAAUCAAUCAAGGUGUGAUAUUUCUUAAUAGAGCAAAGCAUCAUAAUUGUGUAUAAGAAAAAAUCUGCAGAAUUUUAAGCAAAAAUAUAUUUUGAAGGAAGGCUUGUUUUAAUAAACACUGGUUUUGUUUGGUGCUAUAUGUUGGCUGAGAUACAUUUGCAUAUGUACAUGAUUGCAUUACUUAAUAGCUACUUAUUUAUGUAUUAUUUACAGUUCCUCGUGUUGUGGGGGUCACUACAACAUGAGGAACUGUAAAUGUUAUAAUUAGCUUUGUCAAUAAAAAUUAAUAGCACUUAAGCCUUACUGGGAUGCUUUGUAAAAAAAAAACUUAAAUAAAUCAGACUCUGCUUUUAUCCCCUUAA